UUUUCAAUGCUUUUCUGAAAUAUUUUUUUCGAUUUUUUUUUUGGUGAGACACAUGGCUAAAAUGGAAGAUAUUUCCAAAUCAGAUCAAGCUAUGAUAGAAGAUUUGAAUAAACCAAACAUUCUUGUGAUGCCUGGCGAUUGUUUACUCAAACAUCAAAGCGAUAUUAUUGCUUCAAAUGGUACAUAUUUGAAAAAUGGUUUGAUUUAUUCAUCCGUAGCUGGUUAUAUACAAAUAACCGAACAACAAGAAUCACAUCCUGGAAAUGAUGAUGAUGAUAAUAAAGAUAUGAUAACAAAAACAAUGGAAGAAAACAAUAGCUCAUCAUCAUCUGUGCAGAAUCAAAUUACAAAAAGAAUCGUAAAAGUUAUAAGACCUGGUGAUCGUCAAAUACCAUUUUUGGAACCAGGUUCAAUUGUUACAUGUCGUGUAAUAAGAAUAACAUCAUCAUUUGCUAAAUGUAGUAUAUGCUGUAUUGAAGAUCAUAUACUUAAACAACCAUAUACUGGUUUAAUUCGUUUGGACGAUAUUCAUGAUGGUGUUUCAUCACAGCAGCAACGUUUACGACAAGUGAAUCGUUGUUUUCAUCCAGGUGAUAUCAUACUUGCACGGGUUAUAGCAGCUGGAGAUAAUCAUCAAUUCUUAUUGACAACCGCUGCACCAGAACUUGGCGUUGUAGUUGCUGUAAACGAUUGGAAUGAACCAAUGAUACCAUUGAAUUCGGCUGAAGUUUUGUGUCAACGAACUUUUUCGAAAGAAACAAGAAAAGUGGCCAAUAUUGAUUUGAUUGCCUAAAUCUGAAUCUCAUUUCAU